AUGUCCAGUGGGCAUUUGGAAAAACUCACUGAAUCCGGUGAACUAGACGAAGAGGAGUAUGAUCGAAUACGAUCUGCUGGUGGUACUGUGGACGAGUGCAACACUAUCAAUGGUGUCACACCAAACUGUCGUCAGUUGGGCUUCUACAGUCUCCAUCCUGUUAUUACUCCAAGACCAAUCAAUAAAUCAAUACCAAUCACCCGCGAUAUGGACUAUGUGAUUAUAGCGAGCUGGGCGGUUUGGGAAUGUCUGAGUAGUGGUCAAAUCGCGGCCAUACUUACGAGUUCUAUCAAUCCGCAAGUGGCCGCUAAGACGAUUCAGAAAUAUGUUUCCGUUAAUUUGAGGUUGGAAAAAAUCAGUGAAGUCAUAGCAAAAAUGGAGGAUGACACCACCAGUAGUGCUCAGGAGACAGGUCAGUCACCUGGCCGUAAACUGUACGAAAGAAUCGCGGCCCAGGAAAAAGUUUCCAGUUGGAUGCUCUCGCCAACCUCGUCUCUCGCCCCGCCUCCACCAGAUCCCGCUUCCAGCAAGCAGACGCAGUUGUUUGACGAAUUACGGUCAAAAGUGAGCCUUGUGGACGAGUUCACUCCUCGUUCUACCUUCACGACAUCUACAAAAGUCGAAGAUGUUGCAGUAGCCUCCGAAGAGCGAUAUUCCAUAGCCACCGAGAGCAGAGCCUAUGGCUUACCACGAGUCAGAGCCCUAUUGCUCCCGGACGGGAAGAUCCUCCCUAUAAAAAAUACCUCCACUCCUACCGGGACUGAAAACUCGCAUUCAAGUACGUCUUCUGAAGGUGUCAACCAAGAAGAACUCUCUUGCAAGUCCUGCGAGUUCCUUGCCGACUUUGGUUCCACCUCCAAAGGAGCAUUCAGCUAA